AUGCAUGCACGACUUGCGACGACUGCUGCGGACGAGGGUCCUAAUGGAUCAGACCGCUCGUUGCAAGACUCCGCUGUCGGCGACAUCAACAGCGCCAGCGGCAUCCCUGGAGAAGUGCCUGGCACAGCCAUUGACUGGUCGCGCUCCUUUCAUGGGCUAUCCGCUGAACCAUUCAGCAAAGAGACGAGCGAAAUCCUCAUGGCCGACCUGCCGAAGGACGAUGUAGAAAUCAAGCCUGAUGGUAUUCUCUAUCUACCAGAGAUCAGAUAUCGCCGCAUCCUCAACCGAGCCUUUGGACCUGGUGGCUGGGGUCUUGCCCCAAGGGGAGAGACACUGGUCGGCGAGCGCAUCGUCAGUCGUGAAUAUGCUCUCAUCUGCCACGGUCGCCUCGUUUCCGUCGCUCGUGGUGAGCAAGAGUUUUUCAAUCCAGAGGGCAUUGCUACAGCUACAGAAGGCUGCAAGUCAAACGCUCUGAUGCGAUGCUGCAAAGAUCUCGGCAUUGCCUCUGAGCUCUGGGACCCUGGCUUCAUCCGCAAGUUCAAAAAGGAGCACUGUGUUGAGCAAUUUGUCGAACACGUCGUGUCCAAAAAGAAGAGAAAGCUCUGGCGACGCAAAGACGGAUCGUGGGAGUAUCCAUACAAGCUGAGCACAUUCACUAGCUCGUAG